UUAUGAAUUCUGGGGGAGAAUUGCUCGUUUUCGUAAAUUGUUUUCAAUUUUGCUUUGAUAAAAUCACUUUUUCAAUUCACUUGCAAUUUCGGUACGUCGAUCUUUUGCCUUGAUGAUAAAAGUCGUUUUCCUUCGCGAUUACAACAAAUCUCAUCAUGGUAUUGAAUGAAGUUGAGAAUCUACUGAGCGAGCUUGAGAAAGCCGAACUGGAGGCUGCCACGGGAGCUCUCCCUGCGCAAACUUACACUCAACUUUUAGCGCUUUACCUUCACGAAAAUGAUCUCUGCAACGCCAAGUUUUUGUGGAAAAGGAUUCCAACCAACAUCAAAACGAGCACCCCAGAAUUACUGAAAAUUUGGCAAGUUGGACAAAAAAUGUGGAAACGUGAUUGGUCUGCGGUACAUGCCGCUUUGAACUGUGAAUGGAGCGAAGAUGUUCGAAAUAUCAUGAAUGCUUUGAAAGAGAACGUACGCGAGCGAGCAAUGUCCCUGAUUUCGGAAGCAUAUUCCUCGGUGGAAUUAUCAGCUGUGAGUUUGAUGACGGGUUUGACGGCAGAGGAAGCGCGCAGUGCAGUUCUCGAUCGUGGCUGGGGCCUGGAAGAUACAACUGUGAAGCCACGAAAAUGCGAUCGAGAGCAGAGCAACGCAACGAACGCGAGUUUGACGGAGGACCAGCUUUACAAGCUCACGCAAUUCGUUUCGUUUCUGGAAAACUAGUUUCUCCGUUACUUGUAAAUAUAAAUCCCAGUUUCAAGAUUAUUUUUUAUUUAUUUUUUCAAGUUUUCAGAAAUAAAGAAGCAAAAAAGAUUGAUAAAAUUCUUUAAAAUAAUUUGUACGGUUCGAGGAAUAAUAAUUCGAUUGAAAAAGUCAUUGAAAUAGUCGAUUCAGAUUGAACAAAUAGUUUUGGUAAUCCACAAGAGUGAAAAUAGAAAAAAAUGUCUCCGGGCUCGAUCGUAAUUCACGUAGGAGAGCGGCGAGAACCGAUCGCUGUGUGUGACCUCUUUGCACGGAAGAGACUCGAGACGACGAUCUCUCGCCGUGGCUUAACUCGCGGAGAGCGCAUCCAAGACACCAGCCGCGACCUUUGCUACAAUCUUACGCUCUCCGUGACGUUCUCUCUCUCUCUCUCUCUCUCAAAAAAGAAAAAAUCCUCACUACGAAGUUGUAGGUGUACGGAAUAUUUAUCCACAGGCUUUUUCGUCCAGAGUCGAAUCUCGUCGCUCGAGAGUCGUCGAGAAACGAUCGAGAGGUUGAAAAAAAAUUGUAAAUUCAAUCAACUUCUCAAAACACGAAUAAACACUCAGAAUUCAAAAACAUGAAAAAUCAUUUUGUUUAUUCACAGUAAAAAAUGAAUUCUGAAUGUAAUUGAGUUUAAAAUUUCUACUGAAAUUUAAUAAAGAAUCGAAAAAUUGUAGGUGCUGAAAAAAAGUGUGAUCGAGCAAUAUUGUAAAAAUGAA